AUGAGGAGUAUUGCAACUUGUUACAGUGAGCAUGCCAUUAAAAUCUCCGAUUCAUAUUGUUCAGGCCCUUCAAAUCGCUCUUGUGUUUCCCCAAAUUUGAUCCCUUCAGUCUCAAAUGAAGUAUCGUGUAUUUACAAAACCCAACUUUCCUCUCAAAAACGCCUCCUCAUAACGUUAUUUUGGUGCAAUAAACUUUUAGGCCGGGGUUUCAUCAUUAACGUCUCUGACAACUCACCCUCUUCCUCUAAAUUCAAUUUGAAUUCUCAGCAGUUGAGUUCUAACAAAGGCGACAAAGUUUUCGAAUCUUGCAAUUCAAAGGUUCAAGUCUUCUGGGACAUUUCCAAUGCUCAGUAUGAGAAUAAUGGACCUGAACCAAGCCAUGAGUUUUAUGUAAUCGUUUUGGUUGAUUCUGAACUUUGUCUAAUCCUUGGAGACAUGAAUGAAGAAGAAGAACUCAACGUUAAAAAUCUGAAAUCGAAAUUCCCAGUUGGCAAAUUCUCAUUAGUCUCAAGAUGCGAGAGGUUUUCAGGCUCGACUGUGUAUUCAACAAAGGCAAAGUUUUCUGAUUCGGGAAAUGCUCAUGAUAUUUUGAUAAAGUGUACAGGAGAAGAAGGGGGGUCAAAAAGUAAUCUAGUUUUGUCAGUGAGCAUUGAUGAGAAGAAACUAUUUCAAGUGAAGAGAUUGAGGUGGAAUUUUAGAGGAAACCAGACGAUUUUUUUGGAUAAUUUGUUGGUGGAUAUGAUGUGGGAUCUCCAUGACUGGUUUUUCAAAGAAGGAAAUUCAGGUUGUGCUAUUUUCAUGUUUAGAACAAGAAGUGGAUUGGACAGCAGGCUGUGGUUGGAAGAGAAGAAUUUACAACAAAAGGGAAAAGAAUGGGUUGAUGAGCAAUUCUCCUUGUUGAUUUAUGCCUGUAAGAAUCAAUAG